AUCGUAUAAAUUAUCUUCUUCAUCAAAUUAGGGUUUGAAGAAGUAGCGGCACAGCAGUUCAGCACCGGCAAUCUCACGAUGGCAAGGAUUAAGGUACACGAGCUUAGAGACAAAUCAAAGACUGAUCUUCAGAACCAGCUGAAGGAAUUCAAGGCUGAGCUCGCUCUCCUCCGUGUCGCUAAAGUCACCGGCGGUGCCCCUAACAAGCUCUCCAAAAUCAAGGUUGUGAGGAAAUCCAUAGCGCAAGUGUUGACAGUGAUCUCCCAGAAGCAGAAAUCUGCUUUAAGAGAGGCAUACAAGAACAAGAAGCUUUUGCCUCUUGAUCUCCGUCCCAAGAAGACUCGUGCUAUCCGUAGACGCCUCACUAAGCAUCAGGCUUCUUUGAAGACAGAGCGUGAGAAGAAGAAAGAGAUGUAUUUCCCAGUGAGGAAGUAUGCUAUCAAAGUGUAGUUUCAUUUAUCCAGCUUAGUCGCUACUAGAUAUGAUGAUUCAGCUUUUGAUUAUCGGCUUAUGUGUCCUCCCCUUUUUGUCCCACCUUUUGUUUUUAGUUUUACUCAAGUCUUUGUUAUCAAACAGGCUCUCUCAAACCAUCAUUUCAUAUAAUAUUGAGCCAAAGUCUGGUUUUGUGGUUUCUCUUGUUUAAGUUUCAUAUCAAUCUUUUUUA